AUGGCCGUUGCCUCCGUCGUCUCCCUUCCCCUCCUCUCCCACAUCCUUCUUAUUCAUUUCCUCGCCCUUCCUUUCUUCCACCUCCCUCCCGUUCCCUCCCUUUCCCAACCCCUCCUCUCUCCCCCUCCCUCCCCAUCCACUUCCCGCCGCCCAGUCCCCCCGCGUACUACUUCCGCGCGGGGGCGGGCGCGGGGAGACGCAAGUGGCACGUGCAUCUCCCCACGGGCGGAUGGUGCUUCUCCCCGGGGGAGUGCCGCGAUCGCGCCAACUCCCCGCUCGGUUCCUCGCGCUUCUGGGCGACACGCCUCCCCGCCGUCAUUGAAAACGGCGGAAGAAUCAACAACACGCCUCCCCGCCGUCGCUGAAAACGGCGGAAGAAUCAGCAGCGUGACUGACACAUCCCCCCGUUCUCUUCCCCAUCUCUCCACCCCCUCCUCUUCUCCCCAUUCAUACGAGUCCUAUCCGCAGCUAGGCGGCUCCUUUCCCAGGACAGCGUCCGAGGAAUACCCACAGUUGGGUGGCCUUCUAUCACAGGACAGUGCAGCCAACCCGGUGUUCCACGCGUGGAACCUGGUGUGGGUGGUGUACUGUGACGGCGGCGCCUACAGCAGCACGCGGGGGAGGGCGGACCUGGGGGAGGGCGCAUCUGUGUACAUGCAGGGACGGCAGAUUCUGGACGAUAUUAUCACUGAUCUGCGCACUCGGCAGGGCAUGGGGGCGGCGUCGCAUGUGCUCUUCUCGGGCAGCUCAGCGGGCGGCCAUGCCAUCAUCAUGCACUGCGACCGCCUCGCUGCCGCCUUCCCCCGCGCCUCCUCCAAGUGCUUUGCUGACUCGGGCUUCUUUGUUGAUGCCAAGGACCGCUUUGGGGUGUACUCAUGGCGGGAAUACAUCCGGCUGCUCACCGCUCUGCACCGCAUUGAAGUCCCCAAAUGCCCUGCAGGAGCACAAGUGAGGGACAACUGGGUCUGCUCCUUCCCCGAACACUGGGUCACUUGCUCCCCUCUCCCCACCCCUUGCUCCCCUCUCCCCACCCCUUGCUCCCCUCUCCCCACCCCUUGCUCCCCUCUCCCCACCCCUUGCUCCCCUCUCCCCACCCCUUGCUCCCCUCUCCCCACCCCUUGCUCCCCUCUCCCCACCCCUUGCUCCCCUUAUCCCCCUUCCUCUCGCCCUCCUCAGGAGCACAAGAGCGCAAACAAGAGACAACUGGGUCUGUUUCUUCCCAGAGCACACCCUUGCACAGGUCUCCACACCGCUCUUCCUCUUCCAUUCCUUCUUCGACUGGCGCUUUAUACAGUACGAGCAGCAGCUCCCUAG